CCAUCUCCAUCUGAUCUACAGUUAACGGAAUUGGCUGCUACCAAUAUAUCUCAGGCUGAUCUGGGACCUUUUGAGACAUUUGAAUCUUGGAUGGAUGAGGGUUUGACAGAGAAAUGGAGUAUCAUAUUUCAACCGGCAUACUUACCUGUGUCAUAAUUUUUUACGUCCCAUUUGAAACUAAAGCUUCAGAGUCUCUGGUGGUGACUGGGACAGGACAUCCUGUCUUUGCCUAUGUGGAAGGAGAGGUGGUUCUGAACUGCUCUGUGGAUUCCUCGACUCAAAGUCUGGAGGAGGUCACCUGGAAAAGGAAAGACAAUGAGAUCCCAGUGCUUCUCUACGAAGAGGGUAAAGUCCGGUCAGACUCAUCACAUGACAGAUAUAGAGGCAGAGCUGAGUUUGCCAAAGAAAACUCCAAAAGUGACUUCUCUCUGCGACUGAAGGAUCUCAGGACCGUGGACAAAGGGGAGUAUAUCUGUGUAGUCCACAGUGGUCAACUGUCUGCCAACACAACCGUUACACUCUUGGGACUGGGCUUUUCGUCUACGCAAACACUGGUGUUGGUACUGUGUUCUGUGUCCCUUGUGCUUUCACUUGGCUCCGCUGCACUGUACUACAAAAAUAGAGGUGGGUGUUAUGUGAAGAUGAUUUGA